AUGGCUAACUCUACCAAAUCAGCUAUCGGUGUUGACAAUCGUGUAUCAUCUACUUUCACCAACGGGUUUUUCUUAGGGGUGGCAACAGUCGUGACAACCAUCACUGGUCCAAGCCCAAUGCCCGUCACAACCAGUUCGGAAACCGGCGCAACUUCUGCUGCGGUCAGUACUGCAGCUUAUCCGUGUCCAGAUCUCGACGGUACCUCAUAUACAGAUGCUACCGGAAACAAUUACAAAAUCCAAUGCAGCACCAACUAUCCUGGCAAUGAUCUUCCAGCCGUCCACGCAGAUACCUUCGAAGAGUGCCUGAGAGUUUGUGAUGCCUAUGUGCCAGAACCCUCCGCAGCUAGUGAGGCUUCCUGCAUUGGCGUGAGCUGGGGGGCAGGAAAUCCGGGUGGCAAUUGCUAUCCCAAGUACCAAAUCACCACCAUUAACACUAAUGAUGGCGGUCUUUCGAGCGGGUACCACGUCAACUAUACGCUGCCAAAAUCAGCUGUGACCAAUCAGGGCAACAGCCUCUCGAUUUUGAACGCACCGGCGACGAGCAGCACCCACUCAGCGACGUCAACGAUCAUGCGUACACCUACUCCCAGUGGUAGUUCAGACGGCCAUGCGGCCGUCGGCGUUAGCGCGGGGGUUGGUGUACUCGUACCCGUCGGCUUGGCGGUUUUUGCAGGCUUCUUCUACCUUAUUCGGCGCCGAUCAAAGAGACGACCUGAAGGGCUACUGGAUGUGCAUGCGGUGGCCAAUGAAAAGAACGAUAAUGGACUGCGCGAACAACGCGCAGAGAGGCGGUUGGAUGAGCUCCCGGCAGAGAACCUACCUGGUGAAUUGUCUGUUCCACACCGGCCUCGAGCGGAGUUGAAAUGA